ACCGGAGGACGCUGCUCACUAACAUUACUCAUUUAAUCCGGAUUAGAAAACGCUACUGUUUAUAAUACUGCAGAGAGCGAGAUGGGACACUUUACACUCGUGCUUGCAUCCCGACCAAAACAGGAAGUAAAUAAAGAGCUCGCGAUGAUCCGAAUAGUCGCGAGAUAACGUCCUCUAGGACAGUCGGUGUCUCGUUGAGGGAAACGCGCGCGCGAGCUGAAACCGGACGGUUCUCGCUUAGUGUGAUUAACACUGACUGAAAGCCAAGUGAUCAGCUGACUCCUGGAGUCUAACUGGACUCCAGUGAACACUGAAUAAAGUGUGUGUGUGUGUGUGUGUGUGUGUGCAGCUGAAUUUGGUUGGUAUGCCUGCGCUCACGUGCACAGGGAUGCUGCAGCAGAGGACCUUAGUGCUCAAAAUGACUGUACUUCAGAAACACACUGUCCUCUUGCUUCUUCUGACACCUGUGAAGAUGAUAACAAAAUAAGGAUUCAAAGGAGAUUUUGGUCACUACCUGGCUCUUGCCCGACGUGAUGGUGAUAUUGAGCUGUGCAUUUGCCAUUGGUGGAGAGAAUGACCUUGUCUAGAGACUACAUCUCCAGCCCUAUGGCCACCAGAUCAGCAUCAGCCCAACACAUGCAUACACACUAAAUACAAUCAUGGAAGACAGUGAGCUCUUCCUGGAACCUGAUAAGAAGGGUCCCACCAUCUCUUUCUCCAAAGAGAAACCUCAUGGCAGAGGGAGCAAUCAACCAGCUCUCCACUCUUUUGCUUUCCAAUUUCCACUCUCUUCUUCUACCCCCAUUGCCCUUGGUGAGCUCUCAACCUUGACCCUUGGCACCACUGCUGCUCCCUCCUCCAUGAGCUGUAUCAUCAAAUCCUCUUCAGUUUCCUCUGAUAAAGAGUCUAAAGAGUCUGCCUUGCUAAGGCCCAAUCCCAUGCUCAGCCUUGUUGAGUCUCUCUCCAUGGAGAUCUCACACAGACAGUCUGAAUUCUGUCUCUCCAACUCUGACUCCAAGCUCCAUCUGCAACCUUGGAAACAACUAGGCCAACUGCCCAAGGUCCAGGAUGCAGAACCCUUGCCCAGGACGGUGCCAUCUUCUCCCACAGAGUCCCGUACAAACCUGAUUAGCUCUGGCAGCUUGCUGAUAGCUGAACUGGAGGACACACGCCGUAAGCUGUCUGAAGCCAUGCAGGAGCCACUUAGUAAGCUCAGUAAGAUUAUUGGAGAGGACAGUGACAGCCCUAAGUCACAGAAAGGUGACUUGACUGCAUCCCAAGGUGGUCCUGCAGGAGGUAUACCAAUUCAGAGUGAGGAUGGAGCUGGAGGAUGGCACAAAGAGAAUGGGAGUCCACUUGGAGUGUGUGAAACCCCACUACGGAAACCCAGGAGAGAGCUGACACCAAGCUUUACUUCUGAGAUCUGCUGCAAGCUGGGCAGCGAGAGCAGCCGCUAUGAGGUCUGCACUUACGGUGAUGUCAUGCAAGUGCUGGAAAUUCAGGAGCAUUCUGACAGAACAGAGGUCAAACAUCCAGAGCAGAAGGGUGUGAAAGCACCACCUGCAAUGUAUACCACCUCCUCAGACCCAGGCAGAUGGCUGGUAUGUGUGGGUUUGCUGGCUUACAGCUUCUUUGUGUUACCACUGUCUUCCUACAUGACAGGACUGUCUCUAGGACUGGCAUGUGGAUUCAUGCUGGGCCUGACAGUGGUAAUGAUGCUAGCACCACAGCGACCUGCUGCUACUGGGAUGCCUAUCUCUUCACCCACUGACAGCCUGCUGAUGGAGUCCAUAGGCACAGCACUGAGAGAGACAGCAAAAAGAGAGCUUCAGGGCUGGAUGAACGAGAUGUACAGCUAUGACCCAGAGACCUAUCACCCUUCUCUGUGCCACUCUGUCUAUGUCACUUUGGAUAGAUGCCAUCUACGCCUGGCAUACCCAAGUGUCAACAUCCCACGGCAAGCCACCUUCAAAGAGCCCACCCAUGACACUACAUUUGUGCGCUCACGAUGUUUCAAGCUAUCCAAUAGCAAGGUGUCUCUGCUGCCGGCAAUCUUGGCAAAAAAGAGAGUCUGGAAUAGGAAAUAUCCCAUCUGCAUAAUAUUGGCUGAAGAAGAGCAGUGUGUAGAAGAAGAGCAAGUCAGUGAUGCAGCAGAGGCAAAGAGCGAAAAAGCAGAAAAACUCAAGCAGGUGAAGAAGGAAGCAGACCAGACCACCACUCUGUACCUGUUUGGGCGUACAGGGAGAGAGAAAGAGGAGUGGUAUCAGCACUUCCUGUUAGCUUCCAAAACCAAGAUCUGCCGGGAAGAGUCAAAGCCAGAGGUGUGUAGUGCUGGAGGCUCCAGUCAGGGCAGCAGUGAUGACCUGGCCUCGAUGCUGGGUCUAAGGGAGCUGGCUGGCUCAGUGAGAGAGAAGAUUCUGCUGGACUACAACUCCUACAUGGCUCACUUCAUCACACCAGAGAGCUGUAGCCUCACGCCCAGCCCCCGUCCCAGUGAGCCAGGCAGUCCUACUGAAACAAAGAGGUUCUCCAGCGAUCCAGUAGCAGGGUGCGGAGAUCCGGCCUGGAUCAAUGCCGUGAUUGGGAGGAUCUUUUGGGAUUUGUUGCAUGAGAAGUACUGGGUUGACCAGGUGGCCCACAAGAUCCAGAAGAAGCUGAGUAAGAUUAGGUUGCCGUACUUUAUGAAUGAGCUGACUCUGUCUGAACUAGACUUGGGCACAUGCAUCCCGCAAGUGUUGAGUACCUCCAGACCUUCAGUGGAUCACAGAGGCCUGUGGCUGGAGCUGGAGGUGUUGUAUACCGGAUCUCUGCACAUGACUCUGGAGACUAAGAUGAAUCUGUGCAAGCUCGGCCGAGAGAGCUGCUCUGAGGCUUAUAGCAUCACUGAGCCCAGCAGAAGUGUGGGCACAAGGCCCAGGGUGUGUAUCAUUGCAGACAGCGAUGAAGAGUCAUCCAGCGCAGGCUCAUCUGACGAAGAGGAACUGAUGCCCUCUGAGCCCCAAGGACCUCUGGCAGAUAAGAGUAUACACUCUGGGACCGAGGGGCAUGGUGGAAGCAGCACAAGUAGGAAAAUUCUGCGUUUUGUGGACAAGAUUGCCAAAUCAAAGUAUUUCCAGAAAGCCACAGAAAACGAGUAUAUCAAAAAGAAAAUCACAGAAGUCUCCAACACUCCCCUGCUGCUUAGCGUUGAAGUGCUGGAACUCUCAGGAACUCUAGCUGUCAACAUCCCACCACCCCCUACUGACCGAAUAUGGUACAGUUUCCGUGUUCCACCAAGGCUAGAUCUGCGUGUGAAGCCCAUGUUGGGUGAAAGAGAAGUCACAUUCACUCAUGUCACUGAAUGGAUAGAGAGGAAACUGCAGUGUGAAUUUCAGAAAAUUUUUGUAAUGCCCAACAUGGACGACCUAUACCUGCCUCUUAUGUCUUCUGGGAUGGACAAUACUGACAUGUCUCAGAAUUUCUCAGGGGAAAGCCAGGAUCAACAGGAGCGCAGGAGCUCAGAAUAAGACACGGACGCAAAGGACAUGGAGGAAAAAAAGUGAAAAUGUGCUAAUUGUAACAUUUGUGUGCCAUAUGUACAAUAUUCCAGGCACGUACCAGGAGAAAUUGCUGCAGCUGUACUUGAACUACACACA